AUGUCUGAUCGUAAACUACUUAAUCGAUAUUACCCUCCAGACUUUGAUCCGGAGAAGUUAGAGGCAGGGAAGAAGGUAUUGCGAGCAGCUAAGAAGUCCAGGAAUGUCAAGAAGAAGAGAAUGCUAAAUAUUAGAAUGUUAUAUCCUUUUACAGUAAGGUGUAAUGGUUGUGGUGACUAUCUAUAUGUCGGUACAAAGUUCAAUUCCAAAGUUGAGAAGGUACCUAAUGAGGAUUAUCUAGGUAUCCCUAUUUGGAGAUUUCAUGGUAGAUGUACUCAGUGUGGUAAUGUAAUCGUAUUUCGUACAAAUCCAAAGGAUGGUAAUUACGAAUUGGAAUCUGGUGGCAAAAGGAGCUUUGACCCAAAGAGAGAUGAGGAACUAGCUGCGAAGAGUGCUAGGGAGAUGUUGGAAGAGGAACUUUCACUUAACAAAGAUAAAGCUUUACAGCGUAAGGUAUUAGAUACAGCUGAAGAAAUUCAGACUCAGGAUAUACUAGAGGAAUUGAGAAGGAUUAACAAACGAUUAAUGAACCGUGAUGAGAUGGAGAAAGAAACACUACAAUUUCUUAGUAAAGAAAGAAGUACUCUUCUUUGUCAAUUUUUAGAUGAUGAAACUCAAAGUUCUCAAGUAAGAGAGAAGUUACGAGAAGAGGAAGAUUUUGAGUUGCAGAGAAGUAAAUGGAGUGCUCAUACGGAAGCUAAGCUACUAAAGGUGAGUGAUGAGCUGUUAUACAAUAAUACACCAUUUAUAGAGAAAGAAGAUUCCAAUUUAUAUGCUAGAGAUGAAGUAUUCAUGAAGCACAUAGAGAUUAAAAGAGAUUGUGACCUAUUUAAAGGCUACUCAUCUGAAGAAGAGUAA